GGAGACGAGACCCUGAGGCUGAAUUCCGGAUCAGACAAGAUGGCCGGGCUGCCCCGCAGGAUUAUUAAGGAAACCCAGCGUUUGCUGGCAGAACCAGUUCCUGGGAUAAAAGCAGAACCAGAUGAAAGCAACGCACGUUAUUUUCAUGUGGUCAUUGCAGGCCCACAGGAUUCCCCCUUUGAGGGAGGGACUUUUAAACUUGAACUAUUUCUUCCAGAAGAAUACCCAAUGGCAGCUCCUAAAGUACGUUUCAUGACCAAAAUUUAUCACCCUAAUGUAGACAAGUUGGGAAGAAUAUGUUUAGAUAUUUUGAAAGAUAAAUGGUCUCCAGCAUUGCAGAUCUGUACAGUGCUGCUCUUAAUCCAAGCUUUGUUAAGUGCUCCCAAUCCAGAUGAUCCAUUAGCAAAUGAUGUAGCUGAGCAGUGGAAGACCAAUGAAGCCCAAGCCAUAGAAACAGCCAGAGCAUGGACUAGGCUAUAUGCCAUGAAUAAUAUUUAAAUUCAAUCUCAACAUCAAGUGUGCAUCACUUCUCCUGUUCUGCCAAGACCUCUUCCUUUUUUGUUUGCAUUUAAUGGACACAGUCUUAGAAACAUUACAGAAUAAAAACCCAGACCAUCUUCAGUCCUUUGGUGAUUAAAUGCACAUUAGCAAAUCUCUGUCUUGUCCUGAUUCACUGUUG